AUGGUUAAGGCAGUCAUCUUUACGGAUUUCGACGGAACUGUGACGUGGCAAGACUCCAACGAUUUCUUGACAGAUGUCAAGGGAUUCGGUAAGGAACAGAGGGAGAAGGUGUUCGAGGGCGUGCUAGACGGCUCUAAGACGUUCAGAGACGGAUUCUGGGCUAUGUUGGAGUCGAUUAAGACGCCAUUUCCCGAGUGUGUGAAGCUUGUGGAGGAAAACAUCAAAUUGGACCCAGGUUUCAAGGACACUUUCGAAUGGGCCCAGGAGAAUGACGUUCCCAUUGUUGUUAUCUCUAGCGGAAUGAAACCUCUAAUCAAGGCUUUAUUGACCCGUCUCGUGGGGCCAGAUGCCAUCAAGAAGAUCGAGAUUGUCUCUAACGAGGUUGAGAUUGACGACGAUGAGCAGUGGAGAAUUGUAUACAAGGACGACUCUCCCUUCGGCCACGACAAGUCCAAGAGUAUUACUGCUUACAAGAAGAAAUUCGAAGCUGCAGGCAAGAAACCUACCUACUUCUACUGUGGCGAUGGUGUCUCGGACUUGAGUGCCGCCAAGGAGUGCGACUUGUUGUUUGCCAAAAGAGGUAAGGAUCUCGUAACCUACUGCAAGCGUCAAAACGUUCCAUUCCACGAGUUUGACACCUUCGAGGAUAUCCUCGGUAGCAUGAAGGACGUUUUGGCUGGCAAGAAGACCGUCAGUGAAUUGAUGCAAAACUGA